CCGCUGCCAGGAGGGCUCAUCCCGGGGAGCUGGCGCGGGGCCCCGCAGCGUGGGCACGGCGGGGGUUAACAGCCCGGGGGGCGGCACAGCCCCCAUCCCCCAGCCAGCAAAUUAGAGCGGCUAAUUACAAGGAGGGAGACACAGACACAGAGACACAGAGACACACACACGCACGCACGGGGCGGUGCGGAGGGAGUGGCCGGCGGGGCCGGGGCUGCCAUGGGGCGCCGCGCUGCCUGACCGCCCCGGGCUGCCUUCCUCCUCCUCCUCCUCCUCCUCCUCCUCCUCCUCCUCCUCCUCCUCCUCCUCCUCCUGGCCCUGCCGCCGCCCGGCCGGCCCGGCUCCGCUCGCCAUGGGAGAUGUGGUCUCCACGCACCUGGACGAGGGUCGCCGCCAGCACAUCGCGGAGAGGACGGGGAAGGUGCUGGGGGAGUUCUGCCGCUGUUACCGGGAGCAGUACGGCGUCGCCCUCUUCAACAGCGUCCGCUACGAGAUCGAGGGCAACGGGGGCCCUCAGGCGCAGCUGCUGCACCGCAAGGUCCCGCUGGAGGAUCAUGUCAUCUUCUCAGGGAACCUCUUCCAGUACAUCGAGGAGAACAAGAAGUGGAGGAACCGCUUCUGCGUGGUGCCCCACAACUACGGCCUGGUCCUCUACGAGAACAAGCUGGCCUAUGAGCGGGACCUGCAGCCCCGGGUGCUGGUCAACAGUGCUGGCUACAAGGUCCUCACCUCCGUGGACCAGUACCUGGAGCUGGUGAGCAGCAGCCUGCCUGGCGUGACGCCCAAAUCGGGGCACUCCCCCAUCCUCAAGUGCCCCACGGACUUCCCCCUCAUCCUCUGGCACCCCUACGCCCGCCACUAUUACUUCUGCGUGAUGACGGGCAAGGAGCAGGAGCGGUGGAAGGCGGUUCUCCAGGCCUGCGUCCGGCACUGCAACGACGGGAUCUCUGAGGACUCCAGGGUGGAGGCUCCAGCGUUCACGGACGCCGUGCGCAUGUACCGCCAGGCCAAGGAGCAGUACGGCACCUGGGACAUGCUCUGCGGCAACCAGACCCAGGUCCUGAGCAACCUGGUGAUGGAGGAGCUGCUGCCCGAGCUGAGGAACACCAUCGGCCCGCGGCUCAAGGGCAAAGCUCAGGAGCGCCAGCGGACCUGGAUCCAGAUCUCAGACACUGUCUAUAGGAUGGUCUAUGAGCAGACCAAGGCCCAGUACGAUGCAGUGAUGGCCCAGUGUGAGCAGGAACGGCCCCAGCUGGAGAGCACCAUCCGCACAGACAUGGACCAGAUCAUCACGUCCAAGGAGCACUUGGCCAGCAAGAUCCGAGCCUUUGUCCUCCCCAAAGCAGAGAUCUGUGUCCGGAACCACGUCCAGCCCUACAUCUCCUCCAUCCUGGAGGCCCUGAUGGCCCCCACGAGCCAGGGCUUUGCUGAGGUGAGGGAGGUCUUCUUCAAGGAGGUGACAGACAUGAACAUGAACGUUGUCAAUGAAGGUGGCCUGGAGAAGCUGGGAGAGUACAUGGAGAAGCUUUCCCACCUGGCCUUCCACCCCGUGAAGAUGCAGUCGUGCUAUGAGAAGAUGGACCAGCUGAAACUGGAGGGCCUUCAGCAGAGGUUUGAUGUCUCCAGCACAUCUGUCUUCAAGCAGAGGGCCCAGAUCCACAUGAGACAGCAAAUGGACGAUGCUGUGUACACGUUGGAGACGCUGCUGCACCAGGAGCUGGGGAAGCUGCAGGGCAAAGACGACCUGUGCAAGUCCAUCCAGCGCAUCCUCGAGAGGGUGCUCAAGAAGUACGACUACGACAGCAGCACCGUGAGGAAGAAGUUCUUCCGAGAGGCCCUGCUGCAGAUCACCAUCCCCUUCCUGCUGAAGAAGCUGGCACCCACCUGCAAGGGGGAACUGGCCAAGUUUCAGGAGCUGAUCUUCGAGGACUUUGCCAGCUUCAUCCUGGUGGAGAACACGUAUGAGGAGGUGGUGCUGCAGUCAGUGAUGAAAGACAUCAUGCAAGCCGUGAAGGAGGCGGCGGUGCAGCGGAAGCACAACCUGUACCGGGACAGCGUGGUGCUGCACAACAGCGAUCCCAACCUGCACCUGCUGGGCGAGGGCCUGGCCAUCGACUGGGCGGACGAGCAGCCCCAGCCCGAGCCCGACAGGCGCCGCAGGGCCAAGCAGGUGGUGUCGGUGAUCCAGGACGACGAGGGGGCCCUGCCCUACGAGCUGGGCGCCGAGGGGCUGCUGCGGCCCCGCUCCCCUCAGCAGCCCCGGGAGCCAGCCCCCGACGGCCGGGAGGAGACCCGGGAGGCGCCGGCCCGGGAGAGCGCGGGGGCUGGCGGGGAGGCCGGGCAGCGGCUGCCCAACGGCACCGGGCGCCGCAGCGGGGCCGGCGAGGAGCCGGCGGCGGUGGCACAGCCUGGCCCAGCCGGCGGCCCCAGCCCGGCUCCAGGCGGCCAGGGGGCCGGGGCACAGCGCACGGCGCCGGGAGGUGAAGCCCCCUCAGGGGCAGGGCUGUGCCAGACCACGCCAGCAGCACCUGUGCCAGCAUCGGCCGUGCCGGCGUCACCCGUGCCCAGCGCUGAAGUCCUGUCAGGGGCCGGUGUACAGCACACCCCAGCACCGACACCCAAACCCAGAGCCACCGUCCCAGCAGAGGCUGAGGUGCCCCAGGGCACAGCAGCAUCUCCAUCAGCCAGCCCUGAGGUGCCCCAAGGCACAGCAGCAUCUCCAUCAGCCAGCCCUGAGGUGCCCCAGGGCACAGCAGCGUCACCAACAGCCAGCCCUGAGGUGCCCCAAGGCACAGCAGCAUCACCAUCAGCCAGCCCUGAGGUGCCCCAGGGCACAGCAGCAUCACCAUCAGCCAGCCCUGAGAUGCCCCAGGGCACAGCAGCAUCAUCACCAGCCAGCCCUGCAGCCCAGGCCCCAGCCCCAGCCCCAGGGAUGAUUUGCCAGCAGCCCAGUGACAAGGAGACGGGCGAGGAGAUGACAUCCCCGAGCAGCCCCCCGCAGCCCCCGGCCACGACAGAGAGCGGGGAGGGGGUGCAGACUGAGUUCUAGCCCCGGGGCCCCUGCCGUGGACUGGCGCCGGUGAGGCCGGGCCUGGGGACGGGGAAGAGGCUGCGCUGCGGGGCUGGGGAGCAGCAGCUGCGGGAGAGGGAGGGGAUGGGAACACCGAGACCUUGCUGCCUGCCCAGGGGGUCCCCGCUGCUGGGCCGGGCCGGCCACAGCCAACUGGUGCCACUGGUCGGACUGGGCCGGGCCCCCAGCCGGCAUGGGGCACCCCCUGCACUCUGCUCUGUCCUUCUUCUGCCUUAUUUUCUUCUUUCCUACUGAAGAGAUGCUUUGUGUGCCCCCCAGCACGAGAGCCCGGGGCAGCCGGGGGCUGGCACUGCCCUGCACAGGGGUGACGCUGCCCCAGGGCUCUGCCCCAGCCCGGGGGUGGGGGUCCUGCCCACCGCCAUCCCACCAGCCAGCUCUGGCAGUGCCAGCAGGUUGGGGGGUGCUGGGGGCACAGCAGGGAAACAGCAACACUGGGAGCUUGAACUGCUGCUGGGCUGGGCUGGGCUGGGCUGGCAGGAUCCACCCUCAGCACCUCAGGCUGUUCCAGCAGCUACUGAAGUCCAGAGUAGGAACCCUGACGCGUGGGACGUGGCACACACGGCUCCAGCUUUGCCUGGCAGGACUGGGCUGCCCCAGGCUCAGGCUCUGGUGCAGUGGAGGGGUCCCAGCUCCUGCCCUGCAGAGCUCCCCACACACCAGUGACGUCUCCAGCCCAGGGGCUUCGCAGGCUUUGGCACCUGCACUGAUGGGGGAGCAGAGACAAGGGUUUGCUGGUCCCCCAGCAGCGCUGCCCACGUGGGAGAGGGGCAUGGGGCUGGCACAGUCCCACACAGAGCUGCUCAAAGCCCCCCUGAGCUGGUGGGGGGGGGGUGUGUGCACGGGGCAGGACCAGCACCCUCAGGCUCUCCCCUGUGCCAGGUGCUGCUGCUUGUGCCUCUGCAGGGGGGCCCAGAGUGCCUUGCUUUGGGAACUUCAGACCUGUCUCUUCCAGGAUAUUUUAUUAAGAAAGUUAUACAAAUGUUUAAAAAUAUGCUUAUAAUAAUUAAUAAAAUGGAAAAGCUUUAUUUAAA